AUGUUACCGGAGAUUCGUUACGAAGAUUUUCGUGUUGGAUCUCAGUUCUUCGUUCUUGCGAAACGUCAUGCUUUGGUUGUGAUCAAAGAGAGGAAACUAUGGAGGAAGUUCAGAUUACCGUGCGUUGAUACAGAGUCUUGUUACCCUGAAGAACACUAUUUCCCGACUUUGUUUUCUCUUGAGGAUCCUAAAGGUUAUAGCCACUUCACGCUUACUCGUGUUGACUGGACCGGAAGCGUCGGUGGUCAUCCUCACACGUACGGUGCUUCUGAGGUUUCGCCUCAGCUGAUUCACUCGUUGAGGAGAUCUACUUUUUUGCGAGAAAAUUCUCGCCGGAUUCAUUGCAUGCAACCAUUGAUGGAGAUAGCUGAUGCUGUGAUCUUCAGGGAUUGA